AUGAAACUCUUACCCCUGGCCCUGGCCGCUGCCUUCCAGGCAGUGGUCAGUACCGCGUCUACACUCAAUCCACCCGUGGUGCCUUUGGUCGUUCGAAACCCCUACCUGAGCACAUGGCUGGCCGAUGCCCGAGAGAUGCCAUGGGCGAAAUGGCCCAUCUUCUGGAAUGGAGACCAGGUGGGCCUCGCUCUGAUGGCCCACAUCCCGAGCCAGGGCGCCGUCUAUCCCCUUUUGGGCAGGCCGCAUGACUCGCUGCAGAAGAAUGGCAACUACCAUAUCAAGUUCCCAACCUACUUGGGUACCACAUACGAUGCUUCAACCACCAACUUGACCUAUCAGAUUGAUGCUGGUUCCUCGGACUAUCUCAAUCUUACUUUAUCAUUCCUUUCGCCAAUAACUCCAACGUCAACCUUGAGACAGUCAAUCCCUGCAGCGUAUGUGACUGUUGAAGUCCAAGGAGAUGUUGAUGUCAACAUCUACAUGGACGUUACAGGUCAAUGGGUCAGUGGUGAUAACAGAAACAACAUUAACUGGGAGUGGGAUACCAUCACCACAGAAAGCCAGAAGCCACACCUGCAAAGAUGGAAAAUACGAAGGGAGACGGAACAGUUACUGUCAGAGAACAACGAUCAUUCGGAAUGGGGCACCCUCCAUUUCACCGGACCUACCCAGGACGUGCGAUUCCAGUCUGGUGCAGAUACGGAUGUGCGCCGUGGCUUUGCAAGCACCGGUACUGUCAUCAACGCCAACGAUAAGAAGUUCCGCCCCAUUCAUGACCGAUGGCCGGUCUUUGCGUUCUCCCAAUCGUUUAACCUUGGCCACUCAUCCAGCAGUCAUUCAGACAGUGUGACCUUCACUCUCGCUCUCAUCCAAAACCCCGUCAUCCAGUUUGCUUCCUCUCGGGGUCUCACUUUGAUGAGACCCUUAUGGGAAUCGUGGUAUCCCACUGCAGAGGAGCUGUUGAGCUUCCACUAUCAAGACUUUGCUGAUGCGAGCUCACUAGCCGCCAACUACUCCCAGCAGCUUUCAAAUGAUGCCUAUCUUUCAGGUGCUGACGACUAUGUGGACAUUGUCUCCCUUUCUGCUCGCCAGGUUAUGGGGUCAACUGUCUUUGCAGGAACUCCUGAUGACCCUAUUCUGUUCCUCAAGGAGAUCUCCUCCGACGGAAACCUCCAGACAAUCGAUGUCAUCUACCCUGCAUUCCCAUUCUUCCUAUACACCAACCCCCGCUGGUUGUCAUACCUUUUGGAGCCUUUGAUUGAGCAUAUGCUCAGUGGGCAAUAUCCUAACACCUAUGCCAUGCAUGAUUUGGGCACGCAUUUCCCUAAUGCCACCGGUCACCCUGACGGAAAUGAUGAAAAGAUGCCAGUAGAAGAGUGUGGCAACAUUCUCAUCAUGGGUCUCGCUGUGGUGAACUCCCUUAGAUACGAGGUAUCUACAGAUGCCUCCUCCAUCUGGUCAACGUUGGGUUCAUCCUCGCCAGACGUGAGCAGCAGGUCUCGCGAGGCGCAUAAAUUGUUCCAUCUCAACGACCAGCAAACUCUCAACGGGAUUGCCCUACAAGACAGCAGAUGGGGUGGCGGUGAUGACGGCCAGCGCCUGGCCGAGCAAUGGAUCCAGCGUAGCUACACGCUAUGGAAACAAUGGACAGGGUAUUUGGUGAAAUACGGCUUGAAGCCCGAGAACCAACUUUCCACCGAUGAUUUCGCCGGUCCUCUAGCUCUCCAGUCCAACCUGGCCCUGAAGGGAAUCAUUGGCAUCAAUGCCAUGAGUAAGAUCGCUGCGCUCGCAGGAAAUGAAGCUGACGCCCAGUAUUACAAGCAAACGGCCAGCGACUACAUCGCGAAGUGGGAGAAGUAUGCCACCUCGUGGGACGAUACCCACAUCAAGCUAUCUUAUGACUGGGCUGGCUCUUGGACAACACUCUACAACCUCUACGCCGAUGCCCAGCUCUGCUUCCACAUUGAGAACACUGAUACCGAAAAACCAGGCUUUGUUCCUCGUCACAUCUACCAGAAGCAAUCAGUAUGGUAUGACCAUGUACGUCAGAAGUAUGGUUUACCUCUCGACAGUCGCCAUCUAUACACCAAGACCGACUGGGAGUUCUUCUCGAUGGCAGUUGUCUCCAAGCCUGUGAGAGCAGAGAUCCUCGAGUCUGUUGCCCUGUGGGUGAACGAGACUGCCAGCGAUGGUCCCUUCACGGAUCUGCACAACACGGAGGGCAAUGGAGGGUAUGCCGAGAACACCAGGUUCCGUGCCCGACCAGUGAUUGGUGGUCACUUUGCCUUCCUGGCGUUAGAAAGAGCCUGUGGGGGUAGAGCUGUUCCGGGUCUGAAGUUCCUUGACGAGGUGGAUGAAGAUCUCUUGACGCUCUGGAAGGAGAAUGCUAUGUCUGCGGCUCAAGAAUUCACUAACCCUGCCGGGCAUCGCCAGCGCGAGGGCGAGCUUUAG